AUGGCUGAUGUUCCUACCCACGCUGGCCAGCCCUCCCAAACAUUAACUAUGCCAGGCGCCAUCUCUGAGAUGCUGAAGAGAUAUCGGGCGCCCCUGCGCCGAUCGACGCCGAACCCCGUCGCCUCUCGGACCCCCUCGCCGGACUAUCUCCGCGCCAAUCGCCGCCCCUCCCGGCCUCCUCGCAGCUCCUCCCUCGUCGACCCGGCGCCUACUAACGCCGACGCCUCGCCACCUCCCGCACGUCGACGCCGCCACCGCCAGUCGCCGGAGCUCCAUCACCGGCCUGCUUCCUCCACCUCGCCGGCCUUCUUCCCCUCCGCCGCGACGUCCUCGACCUCGACCCCGACCCCCGCUACCUUUCCCCCUACCGGCCCCGUGAGCUCCGCUCCUCCUCCUCCUUCCCCUGUUCUCGUGCGCGCACGCCCACGGCCGCGCACGCACGCGCGCGCCCUGGCCCCCCGGUCCCCGACUGCCGCUCCCUGCGCGCGGCCCUGCUCGCCGUCCCCUCCCAUUGUCCGCCGUGGCCGCGCUCCGGCCGCGUCCAGUCUGGCCUCUUACGCGCUCGCGCAGGCCCUCGUCGCGCCCUGUCUCUGCAGCCCACCGGCCGGCCUCGCGCCGCUCCGGCCACGGCCGUGCUCGGAGCACCCCCCACCAGCUCGCUGGGCCGCCGCCCACUUGCCGUACGCGCCCUUCCCCCCGCGCGCCCCGCUGCUGCACUGCCGCUGCUGCUUUCCGCGGCAUCGCCCGCCGCUGACGUCGCAGCCCGACGCGCGGCAGCGCUCACCGCUCUACCGCACCGCUCUACCGCACCGGCCAACGAGCCCCGCCGAGGCCACGGCCUCGCCCCGCCGUGCCGGGCUACGGCCACCGCCGGCGCCCCCUGUUGCCCCGUUCGGGUACACAGGCGCCCACGCCCACACCCCGCGCCCGUUAACCCUGUUGGCCACAUGGGCCUAUGACAAGUGGGGCCCGCCCCUAAGAACGAAAAAAAGGAAUUAA